AUGCAAUUUCCGGUUAUCGGCUGCACUUUCCUCACACUGUUACAGCGUAACAGGAGGGCAGUGCCACCCACCAGUGCCCAUCAGUGCAGCCCAGCAGAGCCAUCCAUCAGUGCAGCCGAGCAGUGCCACCCAUCAGUGCCCAGCAGUGCCACCUGUCAGUGCCCAGCCAGUGCCACCAGCCAGUGCCAUCAGCCAGUGCCACCCAUCAUGCCCAGCAGUGCUGUCAGUGCCCAUCAUCAGUGCCACCUAUCAGUACCCAUCAGUGCUGCAUAUCAGUGCCCAUUAGCCUAUCCGUGCCACCUCAUCAGUGCUGCCUAUCUGUGCCCAUUAGUG